UCCGACAUCCGGGUUCUGUCAGUGGUCAUUCUCCAACAUGGCGUCUUCAGGGAAGAAGAAGCAGAAAAAGGGAAAGACUCUUACCCUGACUGACUUUCUGGCAGAGGAUGGUGGAGGUUCUACCCAAUACUACAUUCCCUCGAAGCCUGUCAGCUGGGCAGAUGAGACUGAUGACUUGGAUAGCGAAGUUUCCACUGCCUGGCCUGGUAUUGAAGAGGAUAUUUAUAAUAAGCCUGCCAUUAACCGGGCAUUGCUGCCAACAGCACCUCGUGCUGCUCGGGCACCAGAUGUUGAUAUGAACCGUAUUCCAAAGCAGCCACCCUACACCGCUUUUCUGGGCAAUUUGCCUUAUGAUGUGUCUGAGGACUCCAUCAGAAAAUUUUUCCAUGGAAUGAAUAUCAGUGCAGUGCGUUUGCCAAGAGAGUCUACCAACCAGGACAGAUUGAAGGGAUUUGGUUAUGCUGAGUUUGACGAUGUGGAAUCAUUGAUGAAUGCUUUGAGUCUCAAUGAAGAGAUGUUGCAGAACCGAAGAAUAAGGGUGGAUAUUGCUGAUCAAGCUCAGGAAAAAGAAAGAGAAUCGGGCAGAGGAGGAGAUCGGGACAGAAUUCGUGACGCAGAGAUGGAGUCUGAUUGGAGAGCUAGGCCAACGACUAACAGCAACGAUGAUUAUCCAUUAAGAAGGAUGGAAGAUUCAUUUGGAGACAGAACUAGGGACCGCUAUGAGUCCCGUGACCGGGAUGGUCUUCGUCGGGAUGGAGAUAGAUACAGGGAUGAUGGCUUCAGGGAUCGUGGGUAUGACAGAGGCUCCCGGCGUGUAUUUGGCAGUGGCUUCAGAAGAGAUAAUUAUGAUGACAAGCGAAGUGAUGAUUUUCGAGGUGGUGGCGAUCGUUACAGCGACCGCUACAAUGAUGGAUUUGACCGCUUUGAAAGAAGAGAUGACAGGAGAAGUGACUAUGGCUCAAGAGAUGAAAUGAGACAUGAAGAUAGAGGUUCCAUGCAGAGACCUAAACUGAACCUCAAACCUCGCAGCAUUCCAAAAGAAGAGGUUGUCCGAGCUCCUCCUGCACAGUCAUCUGGAAGAUCUGCAUCCAUAUUUGGGGCUGCCAAGCCAGUAGACACAACAGCUAAAGAACGAGAGGUUGAGGAGCGAUUGAAAAAAGAGCAAGAAAAGUAUCAGCGGCAAAUAGAGGAUCAAGAAAGGGGGAUUAAAGGGGUCAAGCAGCCAAGGGAAAGGCAUCCAAGCUGGCGCAGUGAGGAUCAGCUGGAGCGUCCAAGGACUGCUAGUGAUUCUUCACAGCCGACCGACACCAGUGUUUCUGCAGGUCGAGCUACAGUUAGGAGAGAGAGUGAGAAGUCAUUGGACAAUGAUAUGUUCAGCAAGGAGGAGGAGCCACAGUCACCAGUGUCCAAAUCAACUAAACCAGACCAGCUUCCACUUAAGAUUGUACCUGCCCCUCCACCUAAAGAAAAUGCCUGGACGAAGAGAACAGUUGGAGGUUCCAGUAGUAACCAGAGCGCUGAAGCAGAAGUCACAGCACCUCUUUCACCUGCUAGUGCACUAUCAAGUAAACCACUCAGUUCACCAAGUGGCAAAGCUGGCCUAGUUUCACCUACACAUACGAAUAUGAAGACAUCAUUUAAGGAUGAUAAAGCAGAAUCUGAAAUAAAAGACAAAACUUCACCCAAAGAACGUGGUGGUGCAAACAGUGGUAUGAGCCGGGGACAGAAUGAUGGUGUAAACAAGGACCGAAGGAAGGAACCAGACAGGAAAGAUAAAAAGGGCCGUGAUUCAAAACCUGUAACUGAGCCAAAGAAGUAUGAAGAAUCACCCACUCCUAAAUUCAGCUCAGCCAGCAAAUAUGCUGCUUUGAUGAUCGAUGCUGAUGAAGACGACGACAGUACAGAUUAAAGUUCUAUUUGAGGAAAACACGUCACUUUCACCUUUUCAGAGAACUGAAAGAAUGAACUUCAAUUAAAAUGUGACCGUUAACAACCCAUAUGGCUUACAUCUCCCGGAACUUUUUCUUGCAUGCUGCUGCAGCCAUUGAACAUGAAACAUGUGGAGAUUUCAUCUUCCAUUUAAAAACAUGUCGGCCUCAGGCUUUUGAGAAAACAUUGUGUGCAGUAGUUAGAAUGGUAUUUUACAUUUGGAUAUCCCUUUUUUUUUUGACCUAAGCAGGUAGAGUUUGGCAAAAAAUUAUUAGUGGAAGCAGUGGGCCAUGGAAUAAGAGAAAUUAUAACUGUCGGUGCACUUUUUAAGAUAAAAAUAAAAUGGGUAGUGCGAUUGGUGCAAAUAGUUUUCACAAUUUUGGUGCUCCUUCCAAAACUUCAGAUGGUGUUUUAAAAAAAAAAUUAAAAUUUAAAAAAAAAAAUUAAGAUUUGGGCCACAGUCAGCCAAAUGUUAUUACUUCCUCCUUUUCUGCUUUCUGCCACCACUUCUAAAUUAAACAACCUGUUACUGGAGCUAAUCUUGGGUUUCUACAACUGUCCGUUGACUUCCCAACAAUUUGUUUUGCUUUUCUCCCUAUAAAUUUGGGUGGGUUAUGCUUUCCUUGUUGUCCAUCAGAUUGCUGGUAUUUCUGUCUUCAGGUGAGACUAAUGUUGGGGCCAAAUAUGCAUCUUGUGCUUCCAUCUGUAAACUAAUGUGCGUUGGGGUUAGUGGCCAAUAGUGGUGUUUUGUUUCGGGAUAUCUGUCAUUUCUGAAAGCACUAAUACUCCCAAGUCUCUGAACAAUAUGCAUGUUAUACUGCCACAAGAAAAUGAUGAAUGUCCUUGCACAGGUUGAGAUCUCAACAUAACAUCAUUACUAAAGUCAGGUAUCACUUGCAGCCUAAUUUAACAAUAUUUAGUCUGUAUCUCUCUAUGACCUGAUCUGUUUUAUAGUUUUUGAAACCCUUUCAAGUAAAAUUUGAAAACUGCAAUCUCUAGGAUUACUCGGUAUUGUUUUGGUUAUACAUAUAUGUACAAGCUAAGACUUCCAAACUAAUAAUAGAGUUUUAUGUGCUGAUUAAAAUUAAAUUUUAUAUAUGAAAGUGAACUAGACAAGUGCACGUCAAAUACAUAUGAGCAUACUGAAAUCAGUUUUUGUUCUGUUUCUACAUGCUGAUCUUUAAAGUGCAUAAAAUUCCCUCAUUACAUGCAUAAGGAUAUUUGACUGCAGUCUGAAGUCCUAGACAUUUGCAAGACUACUGUUUUUUUUUUAAUGUUUUGACUUGCAGAUGCCCAACACUAAAAGGCUGUUAAUUGUACUGGUACCAUUUCUGCAGUCAUGAUUGCAUCAGUACUCCUGAUAAACUAAUACCAGUUUCCAUGCAAAUAACUUGGGGAAAUCUCAAACUAUUUUGUCAGCAAACAUGAGUUCACAGGACAUUUCCUUAACCUUUAGUACAUCUGAAACAGUUUUACAUGGGUUGAAAUAGCUGGUACAGUUGGGUGCUGUUCCAAAUUGAACAUUGUAAGGAUAGCUUAACACUGUGUCUAAACUGCUGUACUGAAUGGAACACACUUCCUGCAAACCAGCAACCCUUCACAGUACAUAAAAACAAGUAUGUGAUUAAUAUUUUUCAUUUUAUUUUUAGUUUACUUACAUUUAAGCUCUCAAUUAUUUGUAAGGUAACAGACACGUUCCAUUUUAUACCACUAAGCUCAAUCUGAUUUAUAGCCAAUGCUAUUCAUGAAGGUAAUCACCUUUUUUUGUCUGUAUUUGACAACACAUUCAAACAGAGCUGAAAGGGCUUAAAUCCUUGCAGCUCACAUUAGUGCAGCUCUGUGUGUUUUGCACACAAGCAUUUUGACAAAAUUGCAUUCCUUCCCUGAAUUUUUAGGUGAUCAGAUUCAGGUUUUGGAAAAAAUUGUUCAUAGUGAAAUAACUGCCUGCCUUAAACCAUUUGCUAACUUUAUUUGGGCCAUAAACUACACAUUUUAACAAUUGAUAAAAUAUUAAGAGACAAGUCCUGCAAUUAGAUCCCAAGUUUUUUUCAGUCACAUUGGAUCUGGAAGUCAUUGGAAACAUCAGUCCUGAGUCUUUUGCUUUCCUUGUUUGGUGGAGGAGCAAUUAGAUAACUUUGAUCACAUUGAAACGUAUGUGACUCAGGUCAGAACUGGUGAUCAGGACCCUUUGAAGAUCAAGUGCAUAAUGUGACAAUGAUAAAUAGAUGUAAGAAAAACAAUUUAAAAACCCUCAUCUUACUAUUAACUUGUUUGGAGAUUGGUUUGAUCCUGUUUAUUGUACAGUACUGAUUUGCUGGUCACUAGCAGUUCAAACUGGACUGUCUUUUACAGCUCAUUAAAGCCCCCUUAAUCUGUCGCCCACUGCUUAUCUGCCCCCCCCCCCCCCCCCCCCCCCCCCCCCCCCCCCCCUCCCUUCCCCAGUAGCAGACAGUGUUUUGCUCUUUUACCAGACUUAGUGUCAUUUUAUGGCUGCAGUGGUUUGUACUGAUAUUAAAGCAGUUUCAUCUGGUAGGAAUAGGUUUGCUGAGUUCAUAAUAUCAGCUGAAGUAUUUUGAUGGGCAAAAAUUUGGAAAUCUUUGUGUAUAGUACAUUAAAAUUGGCUGGAAGAAAUUUCAAAUUUAGAACUCUGGAGUUCUUGGUUAUACAGUCCAAAAGAAAAAGUCUGUGUCUUGAGAAAUUGAGUUUUAGACACAGGUAUUUAUUGGUAAGACUCAAAUGAGCCCCCUUCCCCUUCCCCAUUAUAAAAGAAUUUAAUGAAUUAGUUUACACAUCACAAUUCAGAGGACUUAUGUAAAAUUUGUAUAAUACCUUCUAUUAAAAAAAUUUGUACUCUAUAGUCUGCUUUCCAGGAGAUGUCUUUUAUUAUCAUGUAUAAUGCCCCAUCAGUUUUCCUUCCAAUAAACUAAUCUUUGGAAUACCUUCA